AUGAUUUUUUCCUUUUUUUUUUCUUUUCUUUUUCCUUUUUUUUUUUUCAUCCGGUUACCUUAUAUACUAUUUCUUUCGUACUUCCUUUCCUUCUGUUUUUUCAUUCCUUUUUUCUUCCAGUCUAUUAUCUUUGCUUUUUUCUGUUUUCUUGCUCUACAUUUUUUUUCUAUUUUUUCCUCUUUCUUAUUUUACGUUUUCUUUUCCUUGUUUUUUCUUUUCUUUUUCUUUUUCAUUUUUUUAUCUGUUGACCUUAUAUACCAUUUCUUUCUUUCUUCCUUUCCUUCUACUUUUAUUAGAUUUUAUCUUUUCAUUCUAAUUUUCUUGAUUUCUUUAUGUCAUUCGAAUAGUUUUCGUUUCUGUUUUUUAUUUGAGUUUGCGCAUUCAUGUUUGUUUUUACAGAUCUUUUUUCUUCUCGAAUUUCUUUCCGUUUCUCAUGUAUUUUCCUUCAGACUCUGUCAUCAGUUCGUUUUUUCUCUAAUUCAUCCUCAUUCUUCUUUUCUUCAGUUCCUCACUUCCGUUUUUCACUCAUCCAUUCGUUAUUUCUUUAUUUCACGUUUUUGUUCGAUUCCUUUUUUUUUUCUCUUAUUUAUCAGUUUAUUUCAUCUUUAUUUUCUAAACAUCAUUUUUCUUGUAUAA